AUGCCUCCCCGUCUCGCUCCCCUCCGGAUCGCAAUCCGCAUCCCGCGCACCACAACAGCAAACUCCAGAUCCGCAGCGGCGGCUGGAGCAUUCUACUCGACCUCGACGGCCGCAGACUCCAACCAGCCGCUCAUCACCGUCACACAGCUCCCGGCGCCCGGGUCCGGCCACAUUCGUAUUCUGGAGCUGAACCGGCCCAAGGCGCGAAACGCUCUCUCCAAAGCUCUUCUCUCCCAGCUGCGCGCUGAGGUCGACGCCGUCCACGCCCAGUAUGACCCGGAAACCGGUGCCGAGGUGCCGCCGCAGCCAAUCUUUGGCGGCGCCGCCGGCAAGGACGUCAAGGGCCCCACGCGCGCCCUGAUUCUCGCCAGCGCCGUCGAGACGAGCUUCUGCGCUGGUGCGGACUUGAAGGAGAGACGGGGCUUCACACAGGAAGAGACGGACGAGUUCCUCCAUAAUCUCCGCUCCACCUUCACCUCCCUCCAGAACCUCCCGAUCCCGACAAUCUCGGCAAUCUCCUCCAUCGCCCUAGGGGGCGGCCUCGAGCUCGCCCUCUCAACACACUUCCGCGUGCUCUCCUCCAACGCCCUCGUCGGCCUCCCCGAGACGCGUCUGGGCAUCAUCCCCGGCGCCGGCGGCACCCACCGCCUGCCCGCGCUCAUCGGCCUCUCCCGCGCACGCGACCUGAUCCUCACGGGCCGCCGCGUCUCCGCACCCGAGGCCUACUUCUUGGGCAUCGCGGAUCGGCUGGUGGACAUUACGCACGAGGAGGCGGAGAAGGCGGGCGAGGGCGACAAGGAUAAGGGCGUGUUGCUGGCGGCGCGCAAGGCGGUGCUGAGCGAGAGCGUGAGGCUGGCGGGGGAGAUUUGCGAGGGCGGACCGAUUGCCAUCCGUGCUGGGCUUCAGGCUGUGGCGUGGGCGAGGGAGGAGGUUGAAAACAAAAUGUAUGAGCGAGUCGUUGCUACGGAUGACCGCAAUGAGGCGCUCAAGGCGUUCCAGGAGAAGAGGAAGCCUGUCUUCAAGGGCCAGUAA